AUGAAAGGGCCCUCACCCAUCAUCAGCCUCCUGCUGCUACUGUUGCCUCUGACCCCAGACCCUGAAGCAGCAGUGCUACUGCCAUCCAGCACUACCUGCUGCACUCAGCUCUCCUGACAGCUACUUUCAAACACACUACUGAGGAAGGUCACCCAGCUGGAACUGCAGGAGGCUGACUGAGACUGUCACCUCUGGGCUUACGUGCUUCACUUGUCUCGAUGCAGCAUCUGCAUCCACCCCAAGAACAGCAGCCUGGCUCACUGGUUUGAGCGCCAAGGGAGGAAGCUCCAGGGCAGUCUGCCCAACCUGAAUUCUGGGCUGGUAGGGAAAGUGGGCCGGGACCCCCAAUAG